AAGAAGAUGCGUGGGAAAACUAUAAUGCGCGUGCGCACGGUGCGGCUAGGCUCAGAGACCAAACCGUCGCUUCACUGGGAAACUAAGAGCGCUGGACAAAGCCACAAAAUGCAGUUUUGAGACCCAAACAUCGCGUAGAACGCUGGAGAUGUAAUAAGGAGUGUGUGACCGCUGAAUUAAUGCCUGUGUGACAUGCUGGCUUGUCUGCCAGUAUCAGUACCCUCUCUCCAGCUUCUCACCCACACGCAGAUGAACACUGGACUUCAGAAAUGGGACACUACACAGAAGAUGCGAUCUGCACAAUAUCCCACGCCAGCAGAGUUGGAUGCCUAUGCUAAGAAAGUUGCAAACAACCCGCUGACUAUAAAAAUCUUUCCCAGUAACGUUAAAGUACCUCAGAGGAAGCACCUGCGUCGUACAGUGAACGGUCUCGACACCUCUAGCCAGCGCUACAGUCCCUACCCUACUCAGGUCAGCACCAGGACUGGCCUUCUGGCCAUAGUCAAACUCCCUGUUAAAAGAAUCCUGGAGCAUCCUCAAGUCCGCUUCCUCCCCGAGAUUGCCAUGAACCCACAGAAUGGACCCUACGGCACUCCAAGCACUUUAAACCUGCCUCAGACUCUUCCGUGUAUGCAGGCACUCUCUCAGUCACAGCUUUUGGCUCAGAAGAACAUACCCCAUUCUCAGAGCUUGCAGACUCAGAAGAACCUCUUUCAUUCUCAGAGCAUGCAAACCCAGAAGAACCAUCCACGUUCUCAGAGCUUACAACCCCAGCAGGCCCUUCCACACUCCCAGAGCAUGCAGGAACAGAAGGCCAUGCCUCACCCUCCACGUUUACUACAGCAGCAAAGCUUGGGACAUCAGCAAGCUGUCCAUCCUGGCCUACGAAGACAACAGACUGUGCAACAACAUCCUCUCAACCAUCAACAUGUUCUUAUGCAGCAGCAGCAAUCAGGUCCUCAAAACCUCCAUCACCUGCCUGAAAUGCCUCAGUCAGCUGGCCUGCAGAACUCCUUGAGUUUCCCCCAUUCUCAGACCAUUCCUCAAACCCCAGGGCCAGGUCUUUCAGCACCUAGCAAUGCCAUGCCUGGUGCCAAGCUUCCUGAUGCAGAUGCCCCACCCAAUGUAACUGUGUCUACCUCGACCAUCCCUCUGUCCAUGGCAGCCAGCUUGCAUCAGAAGCAGCCCAGUGACCUGAGCAGCAUCGUUCAUCAGAUCAGCCGCUUCUGCCAGGCACGAGCCAGCGCCAGCGCCACAUCAGUGUGCGAAGGCCAGAUAGCUAACCCAAGCCCUAUCAGCCGUAACCUGUUGAUUGACGCCAGUUCUCGCGUGUGUGCUCACAACCCUCUGCCCUCCUGUGCCCUCGUCAGUACCGCUGACAAAGCUACUAUGACAUUGCCCAAUAUGGCUCCCAUGAACAUGAGACAUGCUUAUCACGAUAUGAAACAACAGCCAGCUCAGCCCCACUUACCACAGCAGCACCCCUGGAAUCAGCAGCUGUCUCACCUCCAGUCGCUCCCAGAUGGUGCUCAGCAAGGGAAGAAUCCAGCCAGAGAUGGCACAGCAGGGCCUGGCUUUCCAAGCAAGAAUAUGACCUAUGCUCAAGAUGUGUGUAUGAGCCAAUCAUUUAAUCUGAAGCCCCCUGUAGACAAGUCUACGCCUUCACCACCCGUCACCGCCAUGCCCGGAGCUGUGAAUUACAGCAACGGCCAUUACGUGCAGCCACCAUGGAAUAACGUCUUGCCUACGCCCAACAGUGAUGGCUCAGGGUCUCAAGAGCUAAGUGUUCCUUUUCACACAGGCAUGUCGGUGACCUCCAUAGAAAACAGGACUCGAGCAGGAAACAUGGGCCAGAUGAACCUGAUACCACCCAUGGAGUAUGUGGGUGCGGAUUAUCAGGCGCCGUGCUUUCAAAAGCAGAACACGGGCGUGAUGGUGAAGAUGAGCAGGGCUCAAGAUUCAAACGAUAGUCGUAGUGUGCACAUUCAUCACCCAGGGUACAGAUGAGUAAUGGUCUGCUAAGGCAAGUCAUCCUUCAGUGUUAGACUCCGUAUAAGAAACACGUCUCUGCUCCUCCUUUUUUUGUUUCCAGUCUUGCAAGUGAUUUACUGUAUGUUUUCCCUGAAACGUCAUGGCCAUCGGUUUACCCAAUUUAACUGUGUGAAAGCUUUCAAAUGGCUCUUUUUGUGUAGAUUAGAUUAUGAAUCAGCCUGUGGGGGGGAAAUCUAUAUCGAAAUUCGUGUAAACCGAAUACUGUAUUUAUUUGCUAUCACAGCUGUUAAAAACAACAACUUUUUCGAUCUCCCCCCCCCCCACCCCCCGUUUUUGUUCUACAGAUUUAUCUAGACCUUCGAUGCAGUACAUGUCAGAUGUGUGACAUGCUGCGUUCCUUUCAGCUUAUUUUGGUGUAGUUUACAUGAGUUUUUCUUAGAAGUGCUAACACCGAUGGGCCACAUACCCAGCUUACCGAAGGAAUUAUAGAGGUGCCAUGUUUCUAAAAUGUGAGACUGUUUCUUCUGUGCCAUGCUGUGGCAUUUCCUGCAUGGGGUCAGAUGUUCCCUUUCAAUGUUUACAUGUUAAUUUGCACUUGUAACUCUGAAUCAGUAAAUAGUGCAAAUCGACUCUGGGUUAUGCACCUACGUCAAGACUGUUUCCUGAGGCGAAUGUUCAGAAAUUGGCCUCGAGGCUCUGAUUGGACAGUUACUCUAAGGCUUUCUCAGUGUGAAAUAUUUCCCCAUCCACCCCCAGUGUUAGUGUCAGCAUGUCACUCAGUCGAGCAUGCCAUAAGUUUUAGUUAUAUUGUCUGUCUGUCUUGAAGUAGAUACACCCCGGGAUCCAUGGAAUUUAUUUUAAACCUUUGCACCCGCUGCAUAAUUUCAUAUUUUUGUGUUAUUUCUGUUGUUUUCUGUUGAAAUACUUGAGUUUCUUCAAUGUUCCAGGCUUGUGAACCUGAUCAGGAUCUGUUUCUCUCUUUGGGGGAAACAAAACCAUUGAAGUGUGUAUGCGUGGACCGAGCAAGGCGAUCAGCCUGAUGUUUAAUACGUUGCCAACCCCGGGCUAGGCCUUUUUGAAACCUUUCCAUUUUAUAGUCAUUUUUCAGUCUUGUCCAGGGAAAACCUUACUUGAGCAUUAACGGAUCACUUGGAAAUUUUAUGGCAAUAUAAAAGCAAACCACAGGCUAAAUCUGAUGUGAUGUGAACACUUUGCUGUCAUUGCUGUACUACUGUAAUUGAGAGUUGUGAUAAGCCUAGUGUGAUUGUGGUGAUGGUGUGGAUCGAACUGCGUGAUUGCUCCAUCAGUAGCCCUAUUUCUUUCUCUCUCUCUCUCUCUCUCUCUCUUUUUAAUCAGCAGCAGCUAAUGGUCCAUAAACGUAACCAAGUUUUGAUAUUUGUUGCUGAUUCUGAAGAUGGCCCAUCUCAGGUACCAACCCGAAGAGUACUACCAGUAAAAGAUUAUUUACAGAACUAGAAAAGUCGAUUGAUUUUGGGGGGUUAAAAAAAAAAAAGAAACUACAGCAGCUUGUAGUUAACAUAAUGUAAAGUAAUAAAGAAAACAUUCAGAUGUUGUCCGCUGCUUUCGGGAAUAGUCUUGUAUGCCGAGUGCCUCCCUUUCUCAGGUCUGCUGGUGCCUCCUUGCUCGUUAUCUUCCCACUUCAUGCACAUUACAGUAUCUGGUGUAUAUGUGUGUGUGGGUUUUUUUUUGUGUGAUUUUUGCCUGUACGUAUGAAAGUGGGCCAUCUGGUAGCUGAGUGCAGGUAUUUUUACACUGCACACAGGCUUUGGUGUAACUGAUGGAGCAAACACUGUGCAGUUUGAAGGACAUGAAUGACAUGCGGUAUGUUAGCCUCGCCGGUUACCCCUUAAGAGCCUUAAGUAUUUCUUCCUUGGACUUGUCUUUGAUAACGGGCAUAGUGAGGAAGAUGCCGACUUACGUUUUUAGCCGUUUUAAUGUAACGUUUUGUUUUAUUGCAAAAACCCCUAUUUUUUUUAAAGAAGCUUCCUAAGAUGAGAAUUAAACAUUUUGUAUUUAGCGACUUAACUGUGUAUAGCUGUAACAGUUGUCAUUUUGCAUUCAGACCAAAAUCCUUUCCUUUCCACAGUUCGAUAAUUUAUUGCAUUGGAUUUGUUACUGCAGCGCAUUUCAAAGUUUCUCCCGUUCAAUAGCCAACAGCAGCUCAAUGUUACAUGCUGAAAAGUAAACUAAGCUUUGGGAAUCGAAACACAGAUUGCAGUUACGCGGCCCACACACGGGUUGGUUAAUUGUGAAAAGCUGAACUAAUUCCCCAUGUAGGUUUCUGCCACAUUAGUCAUUUGUUUUGUUUUUUUCCAUCCCCAAGUAGCUGCUAUUUUGAUUCCAUCCACACGUUGUUAGAGCGAUUUAAGGGCCGAUCGUAAUUAAUUUCUGCUCUGCGUUUCUACAAUGCAACGUUGUUAACAGAAGUUCUGUAGUGAACGAAUACAUUCGCUCGUCACGUGCUUGUCAUAAUUAAGACAUCGUAACACUCGAUCAGAUUUGACCUGAUCCUUAUUUCAUGUGUUGUUACAGAUCUAGGGCACAAAGUCAGGCUGCUGUUUAUAAAAGUUCCUGUUUCCAUGUGAAGUGCCUACACUGGGCGGAUGUGGACUGUGACUGCCUGGGGGUAUAAAUAGGGACCGUGCUGGCUACAAACGUGCACACUACAAAGACCCUGGUGGACUGUUCACUGUUUAUUGGGGGACCAAACUGCGUAAAACUACUGAUAGGAAGAGCGCUGCAUAUGCCGCCUCAGGCAUAAAACCUAUUUCAAUUUAAAUUUGAAUAUUUGCUGCUGAAUCUUUAGUCUAGGUGGGUGAACCUACGCUGCUGAACUUCUCGUGCCCUAGAAACCUUCUAUGGAGCACUUUAGAAAGUUCUAUAUAUCUUUAUAGAGCACAUGUACUCUCAAAAGUACAUAAUGAUGGUUUUGUUGUUGUUGUUUUUUUAAGUUUAGGACUCAUGCCAAGGGCGUUUCAACUUGUUCUACCAAAGAACAAAACGUCACAUGAAUGGUAGCAGUGUGCAACUGUAACUUUAAAUCUGUCAUUCCAGAUGCCCAUGUUUUUCAGGAAUAAUGUGUUGCACAAACAUUCCCCUCUAACCAAAAUAAAGGUUGACUUGCAUUCGAAAA